AUGAGUUUCGGAGCCCCCGGAGGUGGAUCAGUGAACAUCAAGCCCACACCAGUCAAGAGCUCCGGCGAGAUCAGCGGAUACAGUGGACUGACUACGAUUUUGGAUGAUACAGGAGAAUGCAAGCACGUUAUCUCGGGAUAUUUGAAGUGCAUCAAGCUCAACAGAGGCACCAACGACGAGGCGUGUCGCAAAUUGGCCAAGGACUACCUCGCCUGUCGAAUGGACAAGAAUCUCAUGGCCCCCGAGAAAUUCGAGAACCUGGGUCUCGUGUUUAAAGGCGAUGAAAAGGAAUCACCACCGGCACCACCGGCUGAUACAACAGAAAGCAAGAAAUGA